AUGUAUGGUGGCAAAGGCCACUUCAGAGGCCUGUGCUACCAAGAAAAACGAGCCUGCGCCCUUGUUCUCUCAAGGCUGGCACAGAAGAGAAAMCUGAACGUCGGUUUUUGAACAGAGGAUUGGAACUAUAUGAGAAUGACCGUGUCUUCUUCUUUCUUGAACUUUGUAUCUGGAUCUCAGAAUAACUAUAAUUUGGAGCAGACCAGUUAAUAUCCUGCUUAAUUAUGAGAAGACAUUCAUCAAUGUAAGGCAGUGUGGAAGAAGAAAAUUUAUUUAAGAAAAUAAGAGUGCAGAAUAUUGUAGUAGAACAGAAAGCAUUUAGUAUUUCCAAAGUUUUUGACUAUUCUGGGCUUACAAAAUGAACCGAUACACGACGAUGAAACAGCUGGGUGAUGGCACCUAUGGCAGUGUGUUGAUGGGGAAGAGCAAUGAGUCAGGAGAACUUGUGGCUAUCAAAAGAAUGAAAAGAAAAUUCUAUUCAUGGGAUGAAUGUAUGAACUUGAGAGAAGUCAAGUCUCUGAAGAAGCUGAAUCAUGCCAAUGUAAUAAAGCUGAAAGAAGUCAUCCGAGAAAAUGACCACCUUUAUUUUGUGUUUGAAUACAUGAAAGAAAAUCUGUAUCAGUUAAUGAAGGACAGAAACAAGUUGUUCCCUGAGUCAGUCGUCAGAAACAUUAUGUAUCAGAUAUUACAAGGGCUAGCAUUUAUCCAUAAACACGGAUUUUUUCAUAGAGAUAUGAAGCCUGAAAACCUUCUGUGUAUGGGUCCAGAACUUGUGAAAAUAGCUGAUUUUGGCUUGGCUAGAGAGUUAAGAUCUCAGCCACCAUAUACAGAUUAUGUAUCUACCAGGUGGUACCGUGCUCCUGAAGUGUUGCUCAGAUCAUCAGUUUAUAGCUCUCCUAUUGAUAUAUGGGCAGUUGGCAGCAUAAUGGCAGARCUAUACACACUAAGACCUCUUUUCCCAGGGACAAGUGAAGUAGAUGAAAUCUUCAAAAUUUGCCAAGUAUUAGGGACUCCAAAGAAGAGUGACUGGCCAGAAGGAUACCACCUUGCUUCUGCCAUGAAUUUCCGCUUCCCACAGUGUGUCCCUAUAAACCUAAAAACUCUCAUCCCAAAUGCAAGCAGUGAAGCAAUACAGCUUAUGAGUGAUAUGCUGAACUGGAAUCCAAAGAAGAGACCUACAGCAAGUCAGGCUUUGAAGUACCCUUACUUUCAAGUUGGCCAAGUCCUGGGACCUCCUUCCCAAUAUUUGGAGAAGCAGACUCCUCUUAAAGCAGUUCAGCCACCAGAGCCAAAGCCUGUUCUCCCCAAACUGGAGGCUGUAGCCAAGCCAGAACCUCUGUCCUCACCUGAGGUACCUGACAAAACACAGCCACAGCCCCUGUCAAAGGYUGACCACUCGCCUCUCCAGCAAAUCCAGUUACCUCAGAAUACAGCGACCCAGCAAAUACCAAAACAGCAGCAGUCCCAGGCACAACCGUUUUUUCCAGCCCUCGUUAAAAACUCAUCACCAAAACAAGCAGCUAGUGGCCCUCAGAAUGGUGCAGYAGGGCUUAAAAGCUGCAGGAGACGAUGGGGUCAGACUUUGGUAAAGGCUGUGGACAGCUGGGAUGACUUGGAUGACACUGAAUUUGGAAUGUCAUAUUCAAAGAAGCCCAGCAUUGCAGUAUUGAAAGAAAAGAAAAAUAAGGAAUGCCUUUUGGGUGGGCCAGACGCAAAACUUUCAGGCUGUGUCCAGUCAGCAGGUGAAAAUAAGGUUCCAAUGCGAAAUGAUUCUGGAAUAUCRAACACAUCAGCAAAACAGUACUACCUGAGGCAAUCAAGAUACCUACCUGGUGUAAACCCUAAGAGUGUCUCUUUAGUAGCAGCCAGUAAAGAAGGAUCUUAUGGAAGCUGGAACAACCAAUUGUUUUCUAAACCUCUAGGACAUGUUGGAGGAGGAAUGUCUUUCAACAAAAAUAAUACAGAAGAGAACUUAAUUAUACCAAUUGAAAAGCUAUCAUGCAAAGAAAGGUUGAAUGAAAAAUUAGAGGACCCMAAAGGAACUCCUGGCUUUGGAGGUGCUGCUGGUUACAACCUGCCAGGAGGAUAUAUCCCCUCGUUUCAUAAAAAAGAAGUUGGAUCGGCUGGACAACGGAUACAGCUAGCGCCUUUGGGGGCAUCUGCCUCAGAUUAUUCUUGGAAAACCAAAGCUGCUCGUACACAGCUACCAGGAACUACUUACACUUCAGCAACGAGACCCAUGAAUAUUUUAGCUCGCCCACCAACAAUCCAGCCAGUACAUGGAAGGACGGACUGGGUGGCCAAGUACGGAGGGCACAGAUAGAGAACGUCGUCCCGCUGAGAUGCUCCACGAGCUGCAUUCGGCCCUCCUGCAGCAGGAACCCCAAACGCCUCUCUGCUUUCACUUCUCCUAAGCCAAUGCAAUAGUAGGUAAUAAUAAAAGAACUUGUGUCCUAUUGCCCACGGAAGAAAAACAUAUUUCACAUAUUAUUUAAAAUUUUGGAUGUAAGGUAGGGGAUGAUAAAGUAUUGUGUAACACAUCUUGCCAAAACUACUGAGUAUUUAAUGAAAGUAUUUCACUAACUAUAUUUUUAAUAGAUUCACAUAGAAUAGGUGUAGCCUUAACAACAGCUGUUUUGAUUGUUUGCCCUCUGCAAGUCCUCCCUUGGCACCUGCUGCUUUCUUGCACACAAGCAGCAAGAAGCAGGGCUGGAGCCAGCGCGGGGCUGCAGGGCUGGGUGCGAAAGCCCAGGUUGGACUUGGAGCAGGACACGGCUCCAUCAAACCAGGAUCCCAGAACUCCCCGGCACUGCCCUUGCUUAGCAUCUAUAACGUGCAAAUGGUUGUAGCAAUUGUGAGAACCGACUCCUUCCGGUGGGACCUAAUAAUCCACAAACAAAUACUACACUUCAGUCUAGUUGUCAUUUUAAGGGUGCAUCUGAAUGCCUUUAUUGGGCUGGCAUCGAACUAAACCUCUGGCUUCUUACAGAAGUCCAACAAACCACAUGAGCAGAGAAUUCGGGCUGUUCUUCAAAGAGGUCGCUUUCGAUCCUAAAGGGCAGCUAUAGUCCCUGAAGAAACACCCACUCUACUCAUGCAAUCCUGCAAUAUUUGUGUGCUCAUGCCACACAAUUCCUGGCUGCUGCACUAAAAGUAAAACCCUGCAAAGGACCUUGCAUUCUACAAUAAAUCAUUUUAAGAUGCUGAUGUAGGAUAUUUCUGUUAAUAGACAUAGAAUAGAUGCUUUAUUAGUUACACUGCCUUUCUAAAGGACAAAAUUAGUGCACUCUUUAAAAUGUCAAGCGGUUAAUGAUUACUUUAAGGGCUAUAAAAAGAAAAGUGUUUGUAUGGCUUAACUGCAUAUAAACCCCCAAGUUCUCGCUGUUGACCUAAUCGGCCAUAAUAUACAGGGUAAAUAACUUAUUGGAAGUUGAUUUAGUCAGAAACAGUUGAAUGAAGAAGUCUAGUAGUUUGUUAAGAAAAUGACAUCUGAGGAAAAGGCCACCUUAGUA